CGUUACCAUUCAAAAUUUGGAUAAAAUACAAAACAAGAGAUGCCAGCAGAAUAAACAAUAACCAAGGAAACAAAAAUAUUGGCUCAAUAAACAUGGCGGAUUCAGUAACAGUAUCCCUACUUUCCACUGUUCCAGUUCCCAAUCCAGUACUGUCAACAAAAUCUGGAGAAUCUCAACUAAAAUAUAAUGUUUUUUUUCGAGGAAACCCGUAUUCUAUUUCUUUGAAAAUUGGCACAAAAUGUAAUGGAAUGAGGUCAUCAACAAGAUUGUAUGCGGGGUUAACGGAGAUAGAACCAGACAUUAAUGAAGAUCAUGUUGAUAGAUGGAGAACUAAUGGCAUUGAAAUUGAAGAUUUUGUGUUUGGGAAGUACGAUGAUCAUCAUACCUAUUUUGAGAGUGAAGAUAAAGGUACAUAAUCCCAUUUAUAGGACACUGUUACUAUUAGAGGGAAUUAAACAAUUUUUUACU